AUGCCUUACGAGAAUGCGUUAAGGUGUCUUUUUUAUUUGUCUCUUUUCUUGGCGUACUUCGCGUUUUCAUUCUCACUCUACAAACUGAGCAAAUGGCUGUUCUACCUGAUAACGACAACCACCGCGGUGCUGCUGGCGUGCUGGAGCGUGCGACUUUUUUCACUGUGCCCGUCGAUGACGUCGCUGGGCCGUCGGUACGCGGAACUCAAGUACAAUGACAAGAUAGGGGAGCGCACGCAGGCGGCCGUGGCCAGCCUUAACGGCCUAUUUUCGCCCUGCGCAGAGGACCCGAAGUUAACAGACCUUGUGCUGCUUGGGCAAUCAGUGGACUGGCUUUACACAGUGUAUGCUGGGAUAUACAUUUCGCAGAAUGCGGUGAUCGGCCACGCCACGCCCGUUGCCUUCAUCGACUUCUACGUCGAGCUGAAGUUGUACCUGACGCUGCUCUCAAAGACCUACCUGAAGCUGGACAGGCCAGACGCCGUGAAUAUCGUGAUUUUCCCGGACGAAGUCCCGUACCACCGUCAGAAGUUCGAGGGGUUGAAGUUGUACCAAACGGCGCAAAGCCUGCCGGAUCCCAAAAAUGGGGAAAUCUCGCUUCUGUCGGCGCUGAAUCGCGCAAACGCCGCGAUCAUAUCGUACGAGGAUAUCUUGGCUCCGUUUGCAGCGUUGCGCGCCAGCUCUAGGUUCACUCUGCUCCGCGAGCUCGGCGUGAAGCUCCACGACAGCAUCACGGGGCUGACCGAUCGGCGCAAGAACGGAUGUCGCAUCACGAGGGUUUUGGGCUCACAGCAGCCCACAUUCGGCAGCUUCCACGUCCUAAAAAGCAUGAUGAUGUUCCAGUUCCUGGGGAAGUGGGAGAAGGUGCCCGUUCCCAAGUACUUCCCCAACCGGGACUCGCUGCUGGACUGCAUGCUCGUGCCAAACAUCGAGAUCCUGGAGGAAGCGGAGAAAAGCCAAAAGCGCAUCUCAGACUUCUCGCCAAAAGGCAAGGAUCUGCUCGGGUUGCUCAGCAUGCUCCACGGUACCAACAUUUUUGAGGUCCUCUACGGCCAGGGCUACGAGGAGCGGUUCUCCCGCCACCCCAUGGUGAUGAUGUUCAACAACAACGCGGAGUGCUACGAGUUCAAGAUGGCGUACCAAGAUGACGUUGCGCACUACGUACAGACCGGCAGGAACGUCUACUUGUUCAACUACGCCGAGGUAUGCGACUCCACCGGCGACACCGUGUUGUCGUCGACGUUCCACGACGCGCGACACUUGGCGGACUCGUUGAUACAGCGUUUCUCGACGAACUUCCCCAACAGCACCGGGUUCACCCUUGGUUUCCACGGGACGAGCAUCGGCGGGAUGUAUGCAAUCAAGACCGCGACCCAUGUGGCCUCCGUCCACCCACGCAGCCUCCUUUCGUUCGCGCUCUUCCAGAAGACAUUCGGCAGCCUCUACAACAUGGCGUGGUUCCGUAUGGGGUGGAUAGGGCAGGUGUUCUCCAUCUUCUUCGGCUCGAGCGUGGACGUGUACGAGGACUACACGAGCUUGGACAUACCCAAGACGGCCGUGUUUGACGUCAACGACCUCAUCAUCCCCUCGAACCUGAGCCUCUCAGCUCACGUCGCACACCGGUACAUGAAGGACAAUUACGGAGAUUUCGCGAAGGCGUUCUACGAGGUGGCGGCCCUCUACCGCAACUCGGAGAUGGCGCUCGUGCGCAGCAACGAGGCCGAUCGCGUGUACGCGGCGUUCUACGCCCUCAACUCAGCAGGUAUCCACCUGGGCGUGCAGGAUGCGCUCGUGCGCGAUGAUUGGCACAAGGAUAAGACCUAUCUGGCCCUGUUCUUGGCGCGCAUGGUGACGUUCGGCAGCCUCCCCGCCAACCCCACGGUGACAAUGCGACCCUGGCCGCUGCGCAUCAGGCAUCUCUGGAUGAUGCUCUCCCAGUGCCGCGUGGGCGGGUUCGUCGCCGGGGAGCAGUACGCGCACCGCUACUUGGAGAUGCCUAGCAGAAUCGCCCUGCUCUUCAACAUGUUUUUCAAGGGGCGCGCUGCCCUCAAUGUCAAAACGCCGCUGCAAAACACGGCCGUUACGCGCGAGACGCCUACGUACGUUCCCGCCGCGCCCGACGGCACCCCCGGGUGGAAGGUGGUUGAGCCAACAGCCGAUGACGACCAGAGCGCGUUGCGCUACUUCGUGUUCUGGCCGAGGAACAAAUCGAGGUUCACGGCGAACAUCACCGACUGCACCAGCGACACGGCGCUCAAGGUGCUGCAAGAAGACCUGGCCUUCUUCGAACUGGAUACCACGCCGCUGGACGGUGUACAGGUGUACGCCUGGAUGCAGCUGUACACGCUGCUGCAUACCGUCGCGCUGCUACACACGUUGAAGGAGUGCAGCGACGCGGAGCCACAGGCGCUGAUCAAGGUCGGGGCGUUCGUAGAGUCCGUCAUGCGCCAUGCCUUCGACGAGGGCAACUCGGCCCCCGUAGUCAAAGCGCCUGCCCUGGUGAACGGGCCCCACGCAGAUGAUGUCGCCUUCUUCAGCAACCGCUACAGGAUUUUCGGGAACGUGCUCACGACAUUCACCAGCCACGAAAUCCUGCUCGAUGAGGGGGAUCGCAAACUACUGGCACACUUUUUCACGUGA